AUGGCAUCAUUAUUCAAGAACAAAUACAUGCCUUUAAGUGAGGCCAAUGUCUCUCCUGAACGUGUUGCUACUUAUGAUGGUCAGUAUAUCACGCUAUCUUCAUGUCCAAGUACUUGUGCUUUUACUAUGGGAAAUUAUCUUGGUGGAGGGAUUGCUGGUGUUGUCUAUGAAGCAUUUGAUCAACGAUUUAAACGACCCGUUGCUGUCAAAAUUCUUAAUCCAGUGGGGUAUAAACUUACAAGUCCUGGGACAUUACGUCGUGCUGAGAUUAUUAAGAAAGGAGUUCCAGUACUUGGAAAUGUACGUGGAAUGACGCUGGAUAAUGUCUAUUGGGUUCAUUUACCAAGACGGAGAGAAUUAUUACCUUGUUAUGUCACGGGAGGAGGUUCGACACCUCCGAUUUUACGGGAAUUGACAUUGGAAAUGUGUGUCAGUUUGUGGUUAUUGGACCAUCAUGACGAAGAAUUACAGGAUCGAAGAAGACCUCGACGUACUGACAGAAGAACGAGUACCUUGUCCUGUGAAGAUCCAGUUCAAGAACCUUCUCGAGCCGUAGCUGCAGCUUCCGCGACAAGUUCAGUAGCUGCAAAUCAAAGUCAAUUGGAACAAGUUCAUGAACAAGAAGAACAAGAACAAAGACAAAGAGGUGAUAAUGAAGAAGAACUUGUGGUGAAUGACGUGUCGUAUGUGAUUCCAUCACUACCGGCUAAAUACCGGGCUUUUCUUCAAGCGAGGAAGACCAUUUAUCGAGAAAUUGCCCAUAUGCACAAAUUAACGGGCAAUAGUGUAACUGGAGAAAGAAUUGGCAGUGGGCAUGAAAAUGUACUACAAUUGUACGAUGUUCUGGAACUUGUUCAACCGUCUAAGUCGACAAUCUUUUUAGUGCUAGAAUUGGCAUAUGGAGGUGAAUUAUUCGAUCGCAUACGAGGAGACUCGGGAGUGGAAGAAGAUGUCGCGAGGAUCUAUUUUAAGCAAUUAUUGGCAGGUGUGAGAUAUUGUCAUCAGCUUGGAAUUGUGCAUCGAGAUCUCAAGCCAGAAAAUCUGCUAUUGAGCGACUCGGAUGUGCUCAAAAUUGCAGAUUUUGGCUUAUCAGCACACUUUAUUGCAGCUGUUAGCAGUGGAGCUAGUGCAGAAGACCAUGAUAAUAAUGGCGAGAGCGGGAUCACAAAUCUCAUGGCACCGUCGCGCUUUCGACGACUAAAUUCGAUCGUUGGCUCUCCUCAUUAUGUGGCACCUGAGGUUUUGCAGAAUGCGCGUUAUGGAUAUGAUGGACGUAAAGCAGAUAUGUGGAGUAGCGGUGUUAUUCUGUACGGAUUACUGGUAGGCACGCUACCUUUCGGACGGGACCUCGUCACGUGCUCACGGUAUCUCAAGUUCACUGAGUGGCUGCGGUCCCUACCUGUUGAUCCGCACACAGGUAAGUUGCUGCUCGAUGUCAAUGCAUUCCAUGCUGGAGGCAACACCAGUAACUCGAAGCAGCAGCUACCGGAGAUGUCCACCGCCCACUCGAGCUACCACGCGACUUCGCCGAUGCUGGGGCUUAUGCUUAACAGUUCGAAUAUGCUUUGGAGCCAGAACCAAGCCACCGGAUCAUGCUCUCCGUCGGCGAGCGGCAAUAGUCCGUUGUCACCUGAUGCCAGUAUGAUGAAGUCAGGAUCCGCUGGUGCUGGUGGCGUCCUGCCGCGUCGCUCCGUGGCAUUCCCGACGUGGUUUUUCCCGUCCACAUUAUCACCAUUGGCUGCAUUCCUGCUAACAUCGUUACUCCACCCUGAUCCGAACAAACGAAUCUCGUGCGAGGAAGCUUGCAAAUCAAGUUGGGUGCUCGAGGCGUAG